AUGGCAGUGCUGAGAACCAGGGAGAUUAUGGCCAGGUGCUACAGAGAUGAUGGACACAACGUGCUCAAGUCCAUGGACCCUGUGCCCUUCCCUGGGCCCAUCUGGGGGAGCCCUGACCCCAUGAAGACAGUUUAUACCCCAUGGAGAGAUGGGGACCAGGGCAUCUACAGCAGAGAGACACCCUACCUGGGGGAUCUGGCCCAGUGCAGGGACUGGGCUGACACCAGGGAUGAGAAGGGGAUUGGGCUCCCCCAGACCCACAGUCUGGGGCUCGGUGCUCCCCCGACCCAUCCCAUCUUGGUGUUUGAAGGUGCUGUGGAGGUGAGGCUGGCGGACGGCGGCAGGCGCUGUGCUGGGAGAGUGGAGGUGAAACAUCAGGGCAAGUGGGGGACCGUGUGUGAUGACCAGUGGAGCAUGAAGAAUGCGGCAGUGGUUUGUAAACAGCUGGACUGUGGGUCUGCUGUUGGAGCUCCUCAGUACGGACACUUUGGGCCAGGAUCUGGCCCCAUUUGGAUGGAUGAUGUUGGCUGUAAUGGCACUGAAUCUGCCCUGUCUGACUGCACACGCAGAGGAUGGGGUGAACAUGACUGUGAGCAUUCUGAGGAUGCUGGAGUGAUGUGUUCAGAAUUUGUCCGACUGGUGGAAGGGAAGAACCGCUGCUCAGGACACGUGGAGAUCCAGUACACAGGGAUCAGACUGGUGAACGGCAGCACAGUGUGUGCGGGGAGGGUGGAGGUCCAGGUGCUGGGGACCUGGGGAACCCUCUGUGCCUCCCGCUGGGAUCUCUCGGAUGCCCACGUUCUCUGUCAGCAACUCAACUGCGGGUUUGCUGAGUCCAUUCCUGGAGGAGAACAUUUUGGGAGAGAGACUGGCCCUGUCUGGAGACACUCAUUCCACUGUGACGGGACUGAAGCCCUCCUGCAACAGUGCCCAGUGACCACCCUGGGGGCCUCGCCGUGCUCCCAAGGGAACGCUGCUGCUGUCAUUUGCUCAGCACAAGGCUCCACCUUGUCCCGUUUGGUUGAAAAUCCCCCCUCGCCCUGCUCCCUGCAGGGUGCCAUGCUCCCGGUGCCACCGAUGGCCGUGGCAUCUCUGCUCUCCCCAGGCCCAGCCGGCUUUGGAUCCCUGCGGCUGGUGGGCGGACGACUGGGGUUUCCACCCGCUGCAGGGAGCCGGCGGGUCCGGCUGGUGAACGGGGCUGGGCGCUGUGCGGGGAGAGUGGAGAUCUACUCCCAGGGCAUCUGGGGGACUGUCUGCGACGACGGCUGGGACCUGUCUGAUGCCGCCGUCGUUUGCCACCAGCUGGGCUGCGGAGAGGCAGUGGAGGCAGCCGGCUCCGCUCGUUUCGGGGAAGGCUCCGGGCAGAUCUGGCUGGAUGGUGUGAACUGCUCCGGGGCAGAAGCUGCUCUCUGGGACUGCCCGGCUGGGCCCUGGGGGCAGCACGACUGCGGGCACAAAGAGGAUGCGGGAGUCGUCUGCUCAGAGUUCAUGGCCCUGAGGCUGGAGAACAGCGACGGCUGCUCCGGGCGCCUGCAGGUUUUCUACAACGGGACAUGGGGGAGCAUGUGCUCUAACUCCAUGCACUGACAGGACACUGUGAUGCUGGCGUGCAAGGAGCUGGGCUGCGGGGACGGAGGAUCCCUGGAAAUACGCCUGUCCUCUGGCAGGGUGUCUGGCCCUGCCUGGCUGGAUCCGUGUCAGUGUGGGGAGAGAAACAGCUCCUUCUGGCAGUGUCCCUCCACGCCCUGGAAUCCACAGUCAUGUGAAUACCUGGAAGAGGAGAUCCACAUCACCUGCAAUGCCAGGGAGAAGAUUCGUGCCGUGGGAGGCAAGGACGGGUGCUCGGGCAGAGUGGAGGUCUGGCACCGUGGCUCCUGGGGGACGGUGUGCGACGACUCGUGGGACAUGCAGGAUGCCGAGGUGGCGUGCAGGCAGCUGGGCUGUGGCCCUGUGGUGUCUGCCCUGCAUGAGGCUGCAUUUGGGAUGGGGACGGGCCCCAUCUGGCUGGAGCAGGUGGAGUGCCAGGGGACGGAGCCAUCCCUGCAGGACUGCUGGGCCCGGCCCGGGGACAGCGGGGCUUGCCGGCACAAGGAAGAUGCUGCUGUGCGCUGCUCAGAUCCCACCCGAGGCCAUCAGAGCAGCAGCGGGAGAGUCUCAGUGCCCGUCAUCAUGUGCAUCAUCCUGGGGACCCUUGUCUGCCUGCUCCUGGCCCUCCUGGCUGGGCAAGUGCUGAGCGCCGGGGCUGGGCGCAGAGGCUCCAGAAGAGCCCAGGAGCCCUUCCCCGAGGCUGUGUACGAGGAGAUCGGGUACAGCCCAGCGUGGGAGAAACGGGCCAGGUUUGAUCGCUCAGGCUCCUAUUCAGAGGAGUCCCUGACCCAGCUGCAGCCCCACCCUGGGGUCAGCGAGGAGGAGAAAGGUCUGGGAUCAGCACCAGGGGGCAGCCUGCGCUCCUGGAGAAGUGCCGACGUCCCUGGAGCUGAAGGAGACACCUCGUCACUGUCCCUGGGGAGCAUGGGCUAUGAUGAUGCUGAAGAGGAAUGGGUGCAGCAAGAUGAGAGGCUUGAUGUGGCCUGUCAUGUCAUUCUGGAGCAAAUAUUUGAGACAGAGUGCCAGGAAAUUGUAACCAUGGGCACGUGA